UGAAACUCAAAUACAUAGAAAUUUUCACAUGAAAGCAUCUCAUCGACUCUCAGAGAUGUUUAGGGAUGCCCGAAUUGCAGGUGAGCGCCCUUACUAGAUGGGCGAAAUCAUUUGGAACUCUUUGCUUGCACAUUGGAAUUCAGUAGAGUUUCGCAAGAAGAGUGCACAAGCCCAAAAGAACAGAGCAUCUGAAAAGGGUGGUGCCUUGCAUAAUGCCGGGUCAAUCACAAUUCACGAGCAUGCCAUUCGUAUGGCACAAGCUCUUGGACGGGCGGUCCAUGUUGACGAGGUCUUUGCACAGACCCAUGUUCGGAAGGGCACUAAUGAAUUCGUUGAUGAAAGAUCUCGCAAGACUCAUGUAAAUAGUAGUCCUAGAAUUAGUAAUCCACAUGAUUAUGUUAUUGUAUAUUGGCCCUGACAUUGUUUUUAA